CGCGCGCUGGCGUGUGCAUGUGUGAGUGCGCGUGCGCGUGCAACUGUACUAGCAGCAGCAGGAGGAGGAGGGAAUGGAGUAAGGACAAGAGUAACUCACUUACUGAACAGCACUAAAGCUAUAGAAUACACAUCAUCGAACAUUGGAAGAAUAUCACCUCAAGUUGUGACCGACUGAGCCGUGUGAGAUUCUGUGGGCCGGGUCGAGACUAGUGCUGAUGGUGACGAUGAUGAAGCCCAGAAUAAGUGCAGCCUGGAUCCACAGCGCUGUGCCAAACACACACCCUUGAAACUUCGAAGAUCAGGACGAAAUGAGAUAAACACUGGAUGAUUGGCGUCUCAGCAUGGCAGGACUGCAGCUGGUGACCCCCGCCUCCUCUCCCAUGGGGCCUUUCUUUGGCCUGCCGUGGCAGCAGGAAGCGAUCCACGACAACAUAUACACCCCAAGAAAAUAUCAGGUCGAACUUCUCGAAGCAGCUCUCGAACACAACACUAUAGUCUGCUUAAACACCGGCUCAGGGAAGACGUUUAUCGCAGUACUUCUUAUUAAAGAGCUCUCCCACCAAAUCCGCCAGGAGGAUGGGAGGAGGACCGUUUUCCUGGUCAAUACAGUUUCAUCUGUGGUUCAACAAGCCUCCACUGUGAGAACCCAUUCGGAUCUCCGGGUCGGGGAAUAUGUAGAGAACUCGGCGUCAUGGACGGAGGACGCUUGGAAGGAAGAGAUCAAGGAAAAUCAGGUGCUCGUUAUGACCUGCAACAUCUUCCUGCACGUGCUGAGGUUCGGGGUCUUGCCACUAUCGCGGAUCAACCUGGUCAUUUUCGACGAGUGCCACCUCGCAAUCACGGACCAUCCCUAUCGGGACAUAAUGAAGAAAUGUGAGGACAGUCCAGGCUGCCCACGUAUCCUAGGUCUGACCGCUUCCAUUCUGAACGGCAAAUGUGACCCAUCUGACCUUGAGGAGAAGAUCCAGAACCUGGAGAAGAUCCUCAGGUGCAACGCCGAAACCGCCACCGAUCUCGUCGUACUGGACAGGUAUGCGACCCAGCCGAGGGAAGUGGUGCUGGACUGCGGCCCUUAUCUGGAUAACAGUGGCCUGUCCGAGAGGCUCCUAAACGAGUUGGAUGACGCGCUUCAUUUUCUCAACGAUUACAAUUUAACCGCCCACCGGGAGGACCGAGACCCCACCUACAUCUCCAAACAGGUCCUGAGCGACUGCAGGGCGGUCCUGAUUGUGCUCGGCCCCUGGUGCGCAGAUAAAGCCGCCGGGAUCAUGGUGCGCGAGCUGCAGAAGUACAUCAAGCACGAGCAGGCAGAGUUAAACCGCAAGUUCCUGCUCUUUGCCGACACCAUCCUGAGGAAACUGCACGCUCUCUGCGAGGAGCAUUUCUCCCCGGCGUCUCUCGACCUCAAGUUCGUCACUCCCAAAGUGAUCAAGCUGCUCGAGAUCCUUCACGAGUAUAAACCCUUCGAGAGGCAGCAGUUCGAGAGCGUCGAGUGGUACAACAACCGCAAUCAGGACAACUACGUCUCGUGGAGCGACUCCGAAGACGAGGACGAGGACGAAGAGGUCGAGGUGAAGGAAAAAGCAGAGGCCAACUUCCCGUCGCCGUUUACCAACAUCCUUUGUGGCAUCAUCUUCGUGGAAAGGCGGUACACGGCGGUGGUUUUAAAUAGGCUUAUAAAGGAGGCAGGGAAGCAGGACCCAGAGCUUGCUUACAUUAGCAGCAACUUCAUCACAGGCCACAGCAUCGGUAAGAACCAGCCGCGUAACAAGCAGAUGGAAGUGGAGUUCAGGAAACAAGAGGAAGUUUUGAGGAAAUUCCGUGCACAUGAAACCAACUUGCUAAUCGCCACCAGCAUCGUAGAGGAAGGCGUGGACAUCCCAAAGUGCAACCUGGUGGUCCGGUUUGACUUGCCCACGGAGUAUCGGUCCUACGUUCAGUCCAAAGGCCGGGCACGUGCCCCUGUCUCCAAUUACAUCAUGCUCGCAGACAGCGAACGCACGAAAGCCUUCGAAGAGGACCUCAAGACUUACAAAGCCAUCGAGAAGAUCCUCAGGAACAAGUGUUCCAAGUCAGCGGAGUGUAACGAGUACGAGGUGGAGUCCGUGCUGGACGAUGACAACAUUCUCCCUCCGUACUCGUUGCGGUCUGAUGACGGAGGCCCCAGAGUCACCAUCAACACGGCUAUCGGCCACGUUAACCGAUAUUGUGCCAGACUUCCCAGUGACCCUUUUACACACCUGGCCCCGAAGUGCAAGACCGUAGAGCUGAAAAUGGGUGUGUAUCGCUCCACCCUCUUUCUCCCAAUCAACUCACCCCUCAGAGAGCCCAUUACCGGGCCCUCAAUGCACUGCGUGAGGCUUGCAGAGAAAGCUGUUGCACUUGUGUGCUGUGAGAAACUACACAAAAUAGGUGAGCUGGAUGACCACUUAAUGCCAGUGGGAAAGGAGACGGUGAAAUAUGAAGAGGAGCUGGACCUGCACGAUGAAGAGGAAACCAGUGUUCCAGGCAGACCCGGCUCCACAAAGAGGAGACAGUGCUACCCCAAAGCCAUCCCAGAAUGCCUGCGAGGCAGUUACCCCGUGCCGGAGCAGUCUUACUACCUGUACGUAAUCGGGAUGGUUUUGACCACACCCCUUCCAGACGAACUCAACUUCCGCCGGAGAAAGCUGUACCCUCCCGAGGACACCACCAGAUGCUUCGGCAUUCUCACAGCCAAACCGAUACCUCGCAUCCCUCAUUUCCCCGUGUAUACUCGCUCCGGUGAGGUUACCAUCUCCAUAGAGCUGCUGAAGUCGGGCUUCACUCUGAGCUCGUCCCAGCUGGAGCUCAUCACUCGCCUGCACCAGUACAUCUUCUCUCACAUCCUCCGCCUGGAGAAACCUGCACUGGAGUUCAGGCCCACCGAGGCCGACUCGGCCUACUGCGUUCUACCUCUCAACGUGGUUGGCGAUUCCAGUACUUUGGACAUGGACUUCAGGUUCAUGGAGGACAUCGAGAAAUCUGAAGCACGAAUUGGCAUUCCUAGUACUCAGUACACGAAGCAGAACCCGUUUAAUUUCAAACUGGAGGACUACCAGGACGCUGUCAUCAUUCCAAGGUAUCGUAAUUUCGACCAGCCUCAUCGCUUCUACGUAGCCGACGUCUACACGGACCUCACGCCUCUCAGUAAAUUCCCCUCGCCGGAGUACGAGACGUUCGCCGAAUACUAUAAAACCAAGUACAACCUGGACCUGUCCAACGUCAACCAGCCGCUUUUAGACGUGGACCACACGUCCUCCAGACUGAAUCUUUUAACCCCUCGGCACCUGAAUCAAAAAGGCAAAGCGCUCCCUCUGAGCAGCGCGGAGAAGCGGAAGGCCAAGUGGGAGAGCUUGCAGAACAAACAGAUUUUAGUCCCUGAACUGUGCGCCAUUCACCCAAUCCCCGCUUCUCUGUGGAGAAAAGCCGUGUGCCUUCCCAGCAUCCUCUACAGGCUACACUGCCUCCUGACAGCCGAGGAACUCCGGGCUCAGACGGCCAUCGAUGCCGGAGUGGGGACUCGGAGCCUGCCGCCUGACUUCAGGUAUUCCAAUCUAGACUUUGGUUGGAAGAAAUCCAUCGACAGUAAGUCGUUCAUUUCCUGUCCCAGCACCUGCACAGAUGAGGAGGAGGAGGAGGAGGAGGAUGACGACGGUGAUGAUGUUGAUGAUGAUCACUGUAAACAUGCUGCACGCUCAGCAGCCCCGGAUCACGCUGCCCAGGAGGACCUCAGCACCGGCACGUCCGAGCCCGGAGAGGGCGAAGUCUCGCAGGAGAACUGCAACGCACCAGAUAUAAAGCUAGAGACGUGUGCACACAGAGCCCAGCUAUCAGAAGAACACAGGAGCAUGUGUGAAUGCUCCGGAAACCUCAGCAACGGCCACGACGUGUGCCUAAACUGCCAGCUAGCGAGUGACGUAUCGACAAAACCCACUACCUCAGUUCCGAGCGGCGAGCCCCAGGACGGCCAUGAAUGUAUCCCAGAUGAGAAAUCGGAUUUCCACGACGGACGUGUGACGAAACCUACCUCAGAGCGUUGGCUCGUUUGUGAAACGCCAACCAGCACCGAAGCACCUUCAACCACGUUGUCGUCGUCGUCUUUAGCACCCGAGACAGUAGCUCUACCCGGGGACUGUGUGAAAGCCCUCGGGCCGAACCCGGGUCUCAUCCUGCAGGCCCUGACCCUCUCCAAUGCCAGCGACGGGUUUAAUCUGGAGCGUUUGGAGAUGCUGGGGGACUCUUUCCUCAAACACGCCAUUACCACCUACCUGUUCUGCACUUACCCCGACGCUCACGAGGGACGACUCUCAUACAUGAGAAGCAAGAAGGUCAGUAACUGUAACCUGUACCGUUUGGGGAAGAAGAAAGGUCUGCCCAGUCGAAUGGUGGUGUCCAUCUUCGAUCCUCCUGUGAACUGGCUUCCCCCGGGCUACGUGGUGAACCAGGACAAGAGCACCACCGACAAGUGGGAUUCGGAUGAGGCGAAAGAAGACAUGGCUAACGGCAAGGCCACCAAGGACGAUUUUGACGACGAGGACGACGUCGACGACGACGACGAGGACCUGAUGUGGAAGGAGCCCAAGGAUGAAGUGAACGUCGAAGACGACUUGGAGUAUUACCACGAACACAUCAAGUUCAUCGACACCAUGCUGAUCGGCUCCGGCGCCUUCGGGAAGAAGUUCCCCCUCGGCGUCUUCCCUUCCGAACCCAGCUGCGACUGGAAGGCGCCCAAGAAGGCCAUGUUCUCUUCAGAUGGCGGUCAUGACGACUUUGACUACAGUUCCUGGGACGCCAUGUGCUACCUGGACCCGAGCAAAGCGGCGGAAGAGGAUGAGUUCGUAGUGGGUUUCUGGAACCCGGCCGAGGAGAGCUGCGGCGCUCAAACGGUCAAGCAGUGCAUCUCGUACGACCUGCACACAGAGCAGUGCAUUGCGGACAAAAGCAUCGCCGACUGCGUGGAGGCUCUGCUCGGCUGCUACCUGACCAGCUGUGGGGAGAGGGCUGCCCAGAUGUUCCUCUGCUCGCUCGGCCUCAAGGUGCUGCCUGUGGACAAGAGGAUAAAGAAGGUGACUGGUGGUGGAGAUCACGGGGAGGACACCGGUAGAGGAAGCGCCGUAGAAGACGAGUACGGCUGGCUGCAGAUCCCAGCGCGCUGCAUGUUCGAGCACCCGGGCGCUCAGCGCACUCUCGACCACUUGAUCUCGGGUUUCGAGAACUUCGAGAAGAAAAUAAACUAUGUGUUCAAAAACAAGGCCUACCUCCUGCAGGCCUUCACCCACGCCUCAUAUCAUUAUAACACCAUCACAGAUUGUUACCAGCGGCUGGAGUUCCUCGGCGACGCGAUUUUAGACUACCUCAUAACGAAGCACCUUUACGAAGACCCGCGACAGCACUCUCCCGGCGUCUUGACCGAUCUGCGCUCCGCACUCGUCAACAACACUAUAUUCGCUUCCCUGGCCGUCAAAUACGACUACCACAAAUACUUCAAAGCCAUCUCGCCCGAGCUGUUCCACGUCAUCGACGACUUUGUGCAAUUUCAGCUGGAGAAGAACGAAAUGCAGGGAAUGGACUCUGAGCUGCGCCGAUCCGAAGAAGACGAAGAGAAAGAGGAGGAUAUUGAGGUCCCCAAAGCAAUGGGGGACAUCUUCGAAUCACUAGCCGGGGCAAUUUACAUGGAUAGCAAGAUGUCACUCGAGACCGUUUGGCAAGUGUAUUAUCCAAUGAUGAGGCCGCUGAUAGAGAAAUUUUCGGCCAACGUCCCGCGCUCGCCCGUGCGAGAGCUACUGGAGAUGGAACCCGAGACUGCCAAAUUCAGUCCGGCUGAAAGGACGUACGAUGGGAAGGUUCGCGUGACUGUGGAGGUGGUGGGAAAAGGAAAGUUUAAAGGAGUCGGUCGGAGCUAUCGCAUCGCUAAAUCUGCAGCAGCACGGCGCGCCCUGCGCAGCCUCAAAGCUAAUCAACCUCAGGUCCAGACCAGCUGAGCUACAACACACACACACACACACACAUACACACACGACGGCCCUCUGCGACACGCCGAAGCCUCUUCCUGGGCCGUCUUCAUCGCGUAUCCUCAACUAAGAGAAAUUACCAUCAACAUAUGCAGAGGCUUCAAACUGAAUUCAUGGGUUUCGAUAUUCUUUUAUUUUCGUCUUGUUUGCGCAAACACAAUCUUUACCUUUUUAUUUCCUCCACUCUGUUUGAUCACAAGACUGCUUUAUUCUGCAAGUGUUAAUGGUCAGGUGUCUGCUCUUUUGUCCUUUUUUUUUUUUGUUUGUUUGUUUGUAUCGUUGUUCUUCUAAAGCAAAUCUCCUGUUUUGUCUGUAGUGCGUAAAUCAGCUCGUGCUUCAGAGUCGCGUUCGACUGUAUAUUAGUUCAGACGCAAACGAACCAGAGAAUGAGAGGAGAAGAAAGAAAAAAAAGUCAAACACUAAACUCCUCAGUCUGUGCACUAGUGCCAGUUUUUGAAACGUUUUUAAAACGCUUCGAUGGAGAGAGAGAGAGAGAGAGAACACGGAACGAGUGUAGCGUUUCCCUCGGUUUCGAGACGUUGUCCUUUAAUCUUCAUUGCACUUAUCUUCACGUUCUGUUUCGCUCGGUCACAAACAUUUCCUCGGUUCGGCACCGGAUCGGUCGAGCGUCGUGUUUUAGUACGGAAGCCCCUCCUUUAACAUUCCCACUUACUGUAAUUCAGCAGCGUUUAAAGGAGCGAGCGCGUUAAUGCCGAGAACGGCGUCUGAACCGCACGUGCACAGUGCUAAGUAGUUUCCCUUCACUUCCAGCCACUGUUAGCAGCGUUAGCAUGUCUGAGCUUUUCCUUUACAAGCACCGACAUUUAUAGAGCCGCCGAUAUAAAGCAUUAUACACAGAGAACGACAUUAAGCGUUUAUUACCAUCUCGGGUUUCAGGAACCUCUUUUUUUUUUUAUACCAGGAACGAUCACUUUGGUUAAAACCGGACGAACGUUGCGAGGAUCAGACGUCACUUCCGCCGAGCGCGUUUAAUUUUAAUAUUAGAACAACGAUGACAUAUCACUCGGGGAAAUAUGCUGCAGAUUUUGUAAAGAAAAAACAAAACAAAAACGAGAUCGGACACUUCUGUAAGACGCCGAGCACCUCGACGUACCGACGUCGUAAUCAUAUUCAUUCGCCUCACCAAAGUCAGUCAGCAGUGAACUCGAUCCUCCGUGAUUUCACUCGCCUCGAGAAAUGGAAACCAGCCUUUAGUUACGCUUGUCGUCUCACAUGUUUGUCUUCAUAUUAAUAGGCAUUUUUACUCGAAUACCUCAGUUAAUUGCAUGCUUUUUCUUUUCUUUUUUUCUUUUUUUUUUGGUGCUAUGUUUUGUUGUUGUUGUUGUUGUUUAUUAUUAUUAUUAUUAUCAAGCUUGAAUUUCUCAUCUUUUUUUGCACUGUAACUAUAAUACCUCUUUAUUUGACCUAAAUCGUGGGUUUGCUCAUCCUGUUUUUUUUUUUUUGUUUUUUUUGGCAUCAAAAAAGUUGUAGAGGUCAGCUUCAUCAUUUCCAAUACUUUUAUUUUUUUUUCUUCUUCUAUUUCUUUUCUUACGAAUCCGGGCAGAAGUCGUCGAGACGUUUUCUGCCCAUAAAUUAGGCUUCGGCCCUUUUUUUCUUUUUUCUUUUUCCCUUCUCCGUAAUUUGACAGCAAAUCUGCAAGAUUUGCUCUGCACAUACGUUUCCGCUCAGCGCCUCCGUGUGGAAAGGGUUCGCUUAACGCUUGUGGAAAUCAACAGAUUGCACUCUAAUCUGCUUCCUUAACAACUUCCUUAAGCCACGUUUCCUUCCUUUCCUCGUCUUUAAGUCUUACAACCAGGCCGACUUUCAUGUUUUAGCGCUUUUUCACUUGUUUACUUUUGCUUAAUGGUGGCAAGACAGAUUGGGGGGGUGGGGAGGGGGGGGGAUAAGUGUUGAUCAUUCAAACCCCAGAAAUCGAGCUGUAGGCUAUAAUUAGUCAUUGCAGUGGAUUAUUACUAUUAUUUUUCAUGUCGCGUGAAGACGUGUCUUAAAUACCCGCGAGUCCUGGCGGGCAACUACCGUUCUGCGCUCUGCUGUCGUCGUCCCCCACCCCCACCCCUCCAUUUGCGUUUAGAAGCACGGCUGAAAUCACACCUGAAGUGAAAUGUGGCAGGUGACGGCGCUACCUCACGAACGCCCUGCGUGAUUAGUCAACAGGAUCACAGCGACGGUAUGUGCAGAUAGAGCUGUACGGUCAUAUCUGCUCCUGUAAAAGCACCUUAGAACGGGACGCUUGCACGCACACGCACACACACACACACACUGCAGUUAGACUCCAUUCGAUCACCCUCCCCACCCCCCGGAAUAUCAGCGACGCCUUUUUAGUCUUUAGAGAGCGACAAUUUACCGCCUACGGCGUAUACCGAUAUCUACGGCGAACAGGCGCCCUGACAGACACCGGCCUCAAACUAACUAACGCUCCUCCGAGUGCAAUCUUUUCUCCGAGCAAGAGUUCAGCGGCCCUGCACGCCACAGCCUCAGCUUCAUCCCCCUUUCAUCCGAGACGGACCUGUUGGCUCUGUAGGAAGAAGGGGUUUUUUAAAGGAAUUAGUUUGGCUUUAUAAAAAAAAUAAAAAUAAAAAGUAAAUAAAUAAAUAAAAAAUGCACGUUUUUUGUCACAAAAGCAUCUCGGCGGCCAAGACGUGUUUGGUGUCUGUGAUGAAUAAGGAAUUGAAGUCUGCAUACCAAAUGCUCAGAAUUCUCAGUUCAGGUUGGGCCGAUUCAUCACCCGUUACGGCGAGUUACUAAUUAAACACCUUCAGGUUAUUUUGUAAUUAUUGUAAAAAAAAAAUAAUAAUUUUUUUUUUUUUUUUGAGUCUUUAGUGUCAGUGGUAAAGCUCCUGACCUCUCAGCUUCUAAAUGAAAGAGGACUAAAAUGUUUAUAGCAGCUGUAACGUAAGCGAUGACAUUCCACGUCAUGAAAUAUAACUUUAAACUGGGGGGGGUGUGUGCAGCGGGACUCGGUUAUUGGAAAACGAUCAGUUUCUCGGUGUCAGGUCAGCCGAGGUUGUAGUCGUAGCGGCGACUGAAUCCCGUCAGCCAAUAGGACGAAGCGGGCGUGGUUUGAGGGAGAGAUUUUGCUACAUAAUCGCUAUAUACGUGACCCCUAACUCCGACACACAUACAUCACACACCUUCUUGGGAACGCUACGCAUCUACGUCUAGACUGGAAACGAUCAUUUUUCUUUCUUUCUUUCCUUCUUUCUUUCUUUUUGCCAAACUGUUCCUUUUUAACUUCAUUAUAUAACAUUUUAUUGUCACCAGAGUGUUUUCCAGCAGCUUAACGGCGCACAGUCCUCCUCCUCCUCCUCCUCCUUCAUCUGCGUCUUCAUUUCAGUAUCAGACGUUAGCGGAGCUCUUCUGUACACAAUGUGAAAUGGUUCAUACGGUGCCACACCCACUUUGAUGACAUCAUCACAGCUAAAAGUUUGAGCACAAGACCUAGAUCUGCUCCCACCGCUUAGAGAAUGAUGGAAGUGUUGUGUGUUAAAUAAACUUUUUUUUUUUUUCUUUCUUUCCCCCCCUCGUUGUCAGAAGGGGUUUGGACGUCAGGUUAGUCCUCCGGCGUACCGCAGACUGCGUUCGGUUUGUUUUUUCUUUGUUUAUUUUCGUUUCUUUUCUACAUGUAGCACAAAUGAGCAUUGCACUUGGGCGCCAUACUUUACCUCAUGUCAGAAAGAGAAAAAAAAAACAAAUGUGUAUAUGAUACCAUUUUACGUAUAAAAUAAUUGUGGUUUUGGCCUUUGCUGCUGUUCCACUGCUGGUAUUUUGCAGUUCUAUUUAAAAUAAUAAGAAGUGACGAGAAAGAUAGAACAUACAACGUGCCUGAAGGAUAUCAUCAGAGAAUUACACUGUAGAAAAUAAAAUAUUCGAUCUCUCCAAUCUUGGGGCUAAAUGUACGUCCUUUACGUGUACCUUCGUGUCCUGCCUUAAUGUCAUUUUGUCAAUAUCGAACGGGAAAUUCGAUCGGUUCCACUGACGGGCAUGUCUUGCAUUAAGUUUAGGCCCUUUCUGUAAGUUAGACUAUAUUGAACAUAUUGUAGCUCCAGAUCUUGUAGUGCAUGUCAGUGAAGAGCUCCCUGUUUUUUUUUUUGUUUGUUUGUUUUUUACUCUUAUGUAAUUUUUCAGCCCCUAAAUCAAUAAAAAAGGGCUCGAACAAGCAGCUGUCUACAUUUCAGUAUUGUAACAUUUUGCUAUUCGAUUCCCCUUAAAUGUUGUUUUUUGUUUUUUUGUUGUUGUUUUUUUCCCCCACAAAUUCAAAAAAAAAAAAUGUAUAUCAAAUGCACUCAUAUCAGUGUCGAGUUGGCUCCGGGCUGUCACUUAUUAUUAUUAUUAUUAUUUUUUUUUUUUUUAAUUGAGAAUCUGACGCUCAAAACAACCAGCGUUUUUUUUUUUUCUUUUUUUUUUGCUUCAUCAUCCAGAGAUAUUUCCGGGCCAUCGCGAGCUGCAGCGAUGUUUUAAAGGACGUUAACGAAUUCUUAUUCAUACUGUAAAAGUGCUGCAGUGGUUUACGAUCUGCACCUUAUGGAUCACGAACACCUUUAGUACUCUUUAUUUUCCCUUUUUUUUUUUUUUAAACAUUUGUAGUUAAAUGUAUCUACAAUAAAGUUACGGUAUGGUUGUCCA